CUCUAAAGAAAAGAAUUCUGGUUCUAAAACCCAGCCUCCUGAGAAAGGGAGGGCUCGGAGUUGUUGGCCUCGCUGAUGGAAGGCCGUGUACCUGUUUUCCCCUAAACCCCGCUUGUUUGAAAGUCCGCAGCAGAGCCCCCCCGCUCCGUCCCCUGUCAACGGUGUGGUGGCCGGGGAGGGAGGUCUGCAUAGCUUCUGAGGCCGUUCUUCUCCCUCUCCCAGGAUGUUUGACGUUGGCGGCCAACGGUCGGAGCGGAAGAAGUGGAUCCACUGCUUUGAGGGCGUGACAGCAAUCAUUUUCUGUGUGGCCCUCAGCGAUUACGACCUCGUCUUGGCCGAAGACGAGGAAAUGAACCGGAUGCAUGAGAGUAUGAAACUGUUCGACAGCAUUUGCAACAACAAAUGGUUUACAGACACAUCGAUCAUUCUCUUCUUGAACAAGAAAGACCUGUUUGAGGAGAAGAUUAAGAAAAGCCCACUAACGAUCUGCUACCCAGAGUACACAGGCUCCAACACGUACGAGGAAGCAGCUGCGUACAUCCAGUGUCAGUUUGAAGAUCUGAACCGGAGAAAAGACACCAAGGAGAUCUACACACACUUCACCUGUGCCACUGACACCAAGAACGUGCAGUUUGUCUUUGAUGCUGUUACAGAUGUUAUCAUUAAAAACAACCUGAAGGAAUGCGGGCUCUAUUGAGAAGGAAGGGGCGUGGGAAGAAGUUUUUAUGACGCGGCGUUUUGAGAACCAGACUCUUUGCUGCCUCGUGGGGACAGCUGCAAGCAUGAACAGGACCAGGGAAACGAAAACAGCAUGCAGAAUCGUUGCAUUCUUUAGCACAAUCUUCUGUAUUAGGGACCUUUUUUUAUUGAUGUGGGAUGUUGAAGUUAGGUCAAGAUGGAACAACUGUUAGUGUGACUAGAUCAUCCUGGCGUCGUUUGGAUGGCGUAAUCUCAAAUGUGUACAGCUGUUGUGAAGUUGAGGUGCUGGAUUCCAGACCUUCGAUAUGUAGCUUUCUCUCUUUCUUUGGUUAACAAGCCACCACUAGUCUGUUUUUAAGGUUUUUUCCAUCAAGAAAACUAUAACUUUACUAGAUUUUAUUUCUUUAUUUGCAAACGAAUCUUGUUUUAAAAAUAAAAAAACAACAACAAAAAAAAUCACUUAACUAUGCACAUGUGACCAGAUCAUGCAGAAAGUAUUCCUCUUAGCAGGAACUCUUUGUUUUUAACACUUGGUAUGGUCGGGAUUUAAUAUUUCUGCAACUACUUAAAGGAUCCUUAGAGCUCUUAUGGCGACGGCUUCGGCUUCUUCUGAUGUGUAACUUGUAACCAUCCUGCUACCGUAAGGCUUUUGAAAGAAGCUUCUGCAGCAGGAUAAGCGAGUCUUUUUAGCUUGUGGUUAGGGGUGAACCUGGCUUAUGUUGGUAUCCGAAUCGCGAUUCGCUCUGCCUGGGGAGCAUAAAGCCAGCUUCGCGGCGGCCCCGUACCCGGGCCGCGUCCGUCGGGGGGGAUGGAAUGCUGAGCUCCGAACCGCACGGGAAGCGCGCGCUGCUACAGAGCUGCUAAAUCAACCACUUUAGAUUCCUGUGCAUUUUCGCUCUAAACCGGUGGGCGGUUUUGUAAAGGGUGCACCUCCUUCUGCAUUUACCAUGGCCUUUUUCUGUUCAGAGACUCCUAAACUGUAUUGAGAAGCAUGCCUUUACUUUGUAUAUGUGGUGCCA